GCCCAUGUUGUGAGAUCGGGUUUGUGUGCGUUGGUGAAGAAUAAGAGGCGAAUGGAAAUCCCAACACCUCACGUUUUUUCCACUUUUGUUUUGAAAUAAAUAAACUGUUGUAGGCCAUUAGCUUUUGCGACAGGACAUAUACAGCGGUUAGGUUUCGCUGUGUCUUCACGACUGCAUCUAGAGACAAACCUGUGUAAACCACGCUAUCUCUUGUCAACCAACGUAUGUAGUUCAGAGUUAACCACGUUGAACUAUACAACGUUUACAAAGUGUACAUCUUACGUAAGAAAUAAUGUGGGACUUAACCAACAUUUGAAGGACUGCAGGGGAAAAACUCCGAAGUGAAAAUGUCGUCAAGUAUUAAAAGAAGUGCUACAUCGAGUGAAGCUUUCAUUGAAAUAUCUCAAAUUAGAAAUGAUUUUACUCCUUCGCCGCAAGAACCGUCAGAUCAAUCGAUGAGACUAGUAUGUCAACAAGCUGAUAUUUACGCUGAGUCAAUACAGACAGACCAUGGCAGGCUGUUGAAAGAGGAUGAUGCAUCCAGCAAGUUCCUGUGCAUGGGCAAUAUCCAAGGCAACUGUACACAAGAUAAGUGCACAAGACUUCAUAGCGACACACAUUUACCUUACCUUUGGCAGAUACAGCUUUGUGGGGGUUGGUUUACGUUACAGAAUUCCGAAAAUGUUGAACAAUUGUUCUGUUCUCCGGAAGAAAAGGAAUGUUCGUUCAAGUUUGUAAGUUACACCUCUGGAUUGGACUUAAGCCUUUUACAUCGGGACUGCACAAUACUGUUUGAACCAGAGAAACGGGCCUUCAUUCGUGAGUAUAACUUUGUAGAGGCCAGGCGUUUAAGCACAAUGUCUUUCAAGGAGGUCGGCGAUGUUGGGGACAGCUACGUAACUCAAUGGCGAUGGUACUGGGAGGACAAUGACGGGGCAUGGAUGUUGUUUGAACCUGACUCUAUUCAGCAUACGCUUGAGGCUAAGUUUCUUGCAAAACAAACAACAUACCUGUACUGGCGUGAAAACUACAAGUGGAGGUAUAAGAUUGACUUUGGUUCUAUGACGCAACAAAACGUGCAAACUGGAGCAACCAGACCAAUCAGACGGCGCCCAGUGUUUGUAUCUUUUCAAGACGUCCAGGAUAAUAUAACACCCCCAUGUCUAACGCCUCCUCAAGUGAUUGACGUUGCGCUUCCUACGUCCUGGGUACCAUGGGAUGUGGCUCACCCAUUCGAACUUGUUCAGUUGUCACCUGACGAUAUAGACUUUAUUGAGCUGUCAGCAAGGUUUUUCAAAACCGCAAGCCCUGAUCAGUUUACUCUAACAGCCGUAUCCCGAAUACAGAAUCAUGCUCUAUUGUCUGGAUUUAACAAUCACGAGAAGGUCAUGUUAAACAAUCAGCGAAGACUUGGUGACAGAAACCCUGUCGAUAAACGCCCCCUCUUCCACGGAACCGACAGUUUAAAUACUGUGCGCGGAAUCUGCGUCAAUAACUUCGACUUCCGGUUAUGCGGAAAAAAUGCCACUAUGUAUGGUCAAGGCGCAUACUUUGCCAGAGAUGCAAAAUACAGUCAUCAGUUUACAAAACCAGACGAAAAUAUGGAACGAUUUAUGUUACAGGCUAAUGUUCUUAUAGGCUACUACACGAAAGGUGACUCACAGUACAAGCGGCCACCAGAAAAGCCAGACAAAGAUCAUGAACUUUUUGAUUCAUGUGUAGAUGAUGAACAUAAUCCUAGUAUGUUCAUCCUUUUUGAUAAACACGCUUACUACCCUGAGUACCUUAUUCAGUACAAACAUUCAGAUGACUUUGACGAGUCAUCACCGCAGCCCGCUGUGUUAUUGAACGCUUCGAAUCCUUCCAGUUCAACAUUUACACUGGUUUUACAACAGGCGCAACCUCCACAAACAAAAACAAAAAGGUCAAGAAAACCUAGGUCAAAAAAAGCUUCACUAUCUUUGUCAGGUUUGCAACAAACAACACCAACAUCAAUUUCUACCAAACAAUCUCGAUCAAAAAAAUCCAAAACGAGCAAUUCUUCAAGUUUGUCCAAUUCAGUGCCACCCAUACCUGUGCUACAAGGACCUACACCAACAUUACACGCACCUUCGUCACAAUCUACGCCAAUGCCUAUUUUGAAUUCCUCCAUUGCCAUGACAUCACCAGCUGCGCCACAAUUUGCAUCUGUUAGCGCACCUUUUUUGCAAUCAUCGCAAAUGCACGGAUUGAGUUCCAAUCAACUAGUGCCAUCAACAGGUGUGCCGCUAGCGACCACUACUAUACCAGUACUAGCUCAUUCAUACGAUCCAUUGUCGCUACCAAAAUCAAAUGGUACAGCACCUGUUAUCGCAUCUUCUUCACAAUCACCGCGAAUGCCAAAUGCGAGUUCCUACACAUUUGUACCACAAACAAUUCCACCACCAUAUUCCACGGUUCCAACGUUGGAAACUACGCCAGCACAAGCUCAUGCAAACAAUUCAUUGUCAUUAGCACCGCAAAAUAUCAUAGGAUCACCAUGGAAUUCCAUGUCCCUGCACGCUUCGAACUCGACUUAUUUUUGGGGUAACCCUCCGCCUGCACACACAACCCAAACAUCGCCUGGUUACCCAUUCCAAGCACACCACCAAUUACAAUCAAUGUAUUAUCCUUACGACACAGAUAGCGAAUAAUGAUGUAAUAAGUGCUUACUUUUAAAACGUUAGUAAUUAAACUUUGUUUAUUGGCAAUUGUUCUGUUUUUUGCAAUGCUGCAAUCUACAACAAACAUUAUUUCAGUUACACAAGCAAUACAUGUAACUUUUCACUGUUGCACGGUGUAAUCAACUCUAGUCUGAUUUUAUGGUUCGGCAUUCCUUUUAAUUCCAAAUGCUCUGCAUGACCGUUCCAAAGCGCUUGAUCUGUUGUAUUUUAAUCGUAAUGUGGUUUUGUAUGCAUUGUAUGAUUAUUCCUGGAAUAUCAGCGUUUCAUGUUUUAUUCCAGAGGCAUUCACACUAAAUGCAUAUUUAAAACAGAGAAAAACAUGCGUCUAAUCUCGUGUGAUUCUGAUGUUGUUUGAUUUAUUUUUAUCGUUAUGUUGUUUCACUAAUUUGCACAGGUUAAUCAGUUAAUUUUGGUAGGCAUUAGUUGUAGUAAGGCUUUUCAUCCGAUUAUUUGUCUUCGACAUACCACUCUGGAUACUCUGUUAACGAAUGAUAUGUAUGUUGUUUUAAAGUGAUAUCUCCUGAAUUUUUCUUUUCUAGCUCGUUUGUCCUUCCUCUGUUUCCUUUUUGUCUGCCCAUAUUCGUUCUGCUACUCUUAUUAAAAUUUACAUUGGUAAAUACAUUUAUAUAUGUGGAAAGCAUGAAAGAGAGGAAAAAUCCGAGUGCAAUUUUUGGUUGGAAGGCAAUCACUGAAAACAUUACUGUCUAGAACAUUGAAACCAACAAAAAAAUUAAGUUAAUGUAUAAAUCAUACAAAUAUAAUUAUAAACAGUCAAAAACUAAAUAAAGAGGAGACUGUCUGCUACUAUAACAGUAAAACAAAUUAAUAAAGGUCAAACUGCUGGAUAAUCCCAACCCAGGCAAUUAUGGACUUCACCCCAGAUUCUGGCAGUAGUGAUUUUAGUGUAACCGAUGAUGAGAACGAAGACAAGUGUUUUGUUUGUUAAGGCUCCAGCUUAUUGAACUGACCUAGUGUAUGUCACUUAUAUUAAUAAAAUGGUCACAGAAUGAUGAACACGGAUGUGAUCACUGGGCACAUUUACAGUUUUGUUGUCAUUCACGAACUGUAAUCAGAGGUGAUCGCUUCUGCUGUACAUUUCACAGUGCAGUGGAUGACUAGCUGUAUUUUAUUCCAACGAUGUUUUUGGUUAUUCGUAUUUCUGUUUUCUGCUGAAAGUUUGGGCAACAAACCAUCUUAUAUAAUAUCAAUUUACUAUUAAGUGUUUAAUAUUAUUUGUUUUCUCUUCUGUAAUUCUGAAAAAAACUGUGUAUAACUGUAUAAAACUGUUCAAUUUAUGAUGAUAAGGAAAAAAAUAUUCGCAGGUUUAAGAUCUUUUGUAAUUCCGUUUUUGGCCUGGGGCGUAGCCCGUAGGCCAUAGCAAUGAUACCAAUUUCUGAGCCAAUCCGAAUCGGCUGGCUGCCAAAAACCAAAUUCCCCAAAACUCCGAUUUACCACUUAAUUCAUGCACAAUAAAAGCAGUUCUUCGCAGAUGUCAAUUACCCGCCUUGUAAAAACAGAACAUCACUUUAUAACAUGACAGUGUCAGAUAAUAAUAUUAAAAUAUUAGUUGUUACAAUUAUCGUUCUUUCUUUCUUUGUUUUUUGCACUAUUUUAUUGUUGACGUUUUGCGCCAAUUUAAUGCGCAUUGAUACGUACAACGUUCCUUUCCGGUGACACAUGGUAAACAAACCAAACGAAAGCCAGUUCUGUAUCUCAGAUCGCUGUAAUCGGGGUAUUAAAAGUAAGUUUCAAUUCAAAUUUAUGUUUACAACUGCUUUUUAUUUGAUUGUUACAUCUAUAUCGUCAUUUUAUUAAUGUUUGAACUUGACCUCGUGAGUUGUCACAUAAUUUCGCGACCCGGAAAUAUUUGUCAUUGAAAGUUUAGAAAUUCUUCGGAGUGAUCUAUGCUUUUAUAACUGUAUUCAGCAUUAUUUCAUUUGUAUUGUACAGAUAUUCUGUUGUAGAAAGACAUUUUAAUAAUUUCUUGCUUGUAUUUAUGUGUGCUGUUCCUUUCAAUAUUGAUUGAAAUUCUUCAGUUACCCUCAAAUUAGAAUGUCAGCUAUUGAAAACUUUAGAACUGAAAUUUUAACAGCAUUUUGCAAGCCAGUUUAGUUUAAAAUUCUUAAAUCUUCAGAUGAGAAAUUGUAUUUUUUUCAACCAUGUGUUGCGUUUAGAAUAUUAUCAUUAUAGCACCCGACCGUGUGAGAGCGUUGUGGUUUGUCAUUGUUCAGUGCUGUGUUGUCCAUUUUCAGUGUUCAGUGAUUAAGUGUAGUGGCUGUGUUGUUUAGUGAAUUAUUUUGUUCAUACAUUCUGCAAGUCCUGUAUUUGUUUAUAGAUUUUUGUAUUAUAAACCAGUUCGCAUUUGUAAAUAUUAGGACAUUCAACCUUUUCUUAUAAAAUAGUGAAAUUAAAUUGCUCACAUUUUAUUUAACUUUUAUCAAGAGUGUCUCCCAAACAGUUGAUUUAAAUUAUUAAAUUUUAAUGUACAGUGUCACAUAACGUUUUGUUAAUAGCGUAUAGUUAUUUUGUCUUCAAGGGAAAAUUGUAUGACUGUUUCACUUAUCUAAAGGGAAAGUUCAGGUAUUCUUAUCUGAUAUUUGUAUUAUAUUGCAUUUUAUUUUCAGUUCAAGUGUUGCUGUGCCAAAAUGUAAUAGUCAUUCUUUUCAGCUAUUAUUAAUUGAGGUUGGUUCAUUAUUUGGGAUUUAAAAUUUGAUUUGCUUUGAUUAAAAUGUGUACAUUG